CCCCGCGCGCAUGCGUGGUGGGACCCACACCGCCCUUCCCGCCGCGCGCGUUAGCGAGCAGCCGGACGCCGCGGCCGCGCUCUCCAUGCCAGCCCGAUGCAGGCCGUCCCCAUCAAACCCGCGUUCGAGUGCCCCACAUGGGGGGGGAAGCCUCCACCAGGACUGCACUUGGAUGUUGUAAAAGGAGACAAGCUCGUAGAGAAACUCAUCAUUGAUGAGAAGAAAUACUACCUCUUUGGAAGGAACCCUGACAUAUGUGAUUUUACCAUUGAUCAUCAGUCAUGUUCAAGAAUCCACGCUGCAUUAGUGUAUCACAAACAUUUAAAGAGAGUUUUCAUCAUAGACCUGAAUAGUACUCAUGGAACGUACUUGGGACACCUACGUUUAGAGGGACAAAAACCACAGCAAGUUCCCAUAGACUCUACGCUAUCAUUUGGAGCAUCAACACGAGCUUACACAUUACGAGAAAAACCACAGACAAUGCCCUCCACAAUAAAGGGUGAUGAAAAUGCUGCAGAAGAUGAUGAACUGAAGGGUUUGUUGGGUUUGCCCGAAGAGGAAACAGAACUUGAUAAUCUAACAGAAUUUAAUACAGCCCAUAACAAAAGAAUAUCAACACUGACGAUUGAAGAUGGAAAUUUGGAAAUGCAGAGGCCGAAACGUAAAAGGAAGAGCUACAGGGUGUCAUUCAGUGAUGAUGAAGAGAUAAUAAAUCCAGAGGAUAUUGAUCCUUCAGUUGGUCGCUUCAGAAAUAUGGUUCAAACAGCUGUGGUUCCACUCAAGAAAAAGAAGACGGAAAGCCCCAGUCCACUGGGUCUGGAGGAUGGAGUUGCUCGGCGUAUGCAGAAUUUCCCGUUCAAUGCUGGUUUAUAUGGUGGCCUCCCUCCAACUAGUGGUGAUUCUGCUUCUCAGCUACACGGCAAUACAAUGGGAACCGCUAUGAUAGGAGGACUGCCUAUGCCAUUCCCAAAUCCUGCUCCCGAAGUAGACUUGGCACCGGCUGUGGUUCCGACAACCAUGACUAUAAACCCCGUUUCCAAUCCAGGCGUGUUCAAUGCAGAAUCUAUUAAUGAACCGAAGAAAAAGAAAUAUGCCAAGGAAGCCUGGCCGGGCAAGAAGCCUACUCCAUCACUGCUUAUUUGAUCAUCUGUUCCUUUUUUUAUAAUAAAGUCACCUAGGAUUCAAGGACCAAGAGGGGCUUUCUUUUAAUUCUGUUAAUAUGCCUAAAAUUUUUAUGAGCUUUGUACAGAUGUUUGUACAGUUGUGUAAUAGGUUCAGCCUUUCCAACAUAUACUGUUACUGCUUUUUACUUCUAACCUGUAUUUCAGUGUAAAGUACAUUUGGCAUUGCCAUUUUGUUAGACUAAAGUCACAUAAACUAUUUUUCUGCUGUGUGUGCUUUGUUUCCAUGUCUGGAAUAGGAUAAUGGGUGAAGGGCUUCACAGUGUUUUUAUUUUGUGUUCUAGGUUUAGUAGAAAAAGUGGACAACUAAUGUUACCUGCAGACUGUAUAAUUGGGGCAUUGAUUAAAUACACUCAAACUCGACUUCAUAGCUAAUGAGACGGCUAAUGGAAAAUGCAACACUUGGAUAGCAAAUUUAUGCUACAAAUGUAGAUGUCAAUUUGCAAUAUGUUAUGCCACAUCACAUUAUUUUUCCUUUUUAUGAUUUACUCUGGUUUUGUUACUUAGUACUUCAUAACUGUUUUACACAUUUCCAGUUUUUGCUCAUUUUAAUCAUGUAUGAUUGUGUUUGGGAGUGAUGUUUGCUAGUUGCAAAAUGUUAGACAUUUAAUUUCUGGAAUGUCAUUUAGAGAAAAAUUCUUUCUAAAGAGAGGCAAUGUUUUAGGGGCUUUAUUGUCUGAUUUUUGUGAAGUGGGGCCAUUGUGGACACUUGUGUUUUAUUCUGAAGUAAUCAGUCAUGAAAUUAAAACUACUCAAUUUUUUUUGAAAAAUCUCUGCAAAAAUUAACUAUAUUGGUGUGUACUGAAUAUGUAUUACUCACAGCUCUUUAUAUUUUAAAUAUCUAAGGUGUCACCACUGUGCCUUUUGAGUUGAGGAAUAUUGGAUUAACUUUAGGGUAUUUUUAAUUUUAUGUAUAGCUGUAGGUGUAUGCUUACUUUAUUUCCAUUUUUCAAAUUAACUUUUAAGUAACCGUGGAUCAAGAGGUUGGAAAAAAAAAUUCAGGUUGUGCCCCGAUAUCAAUCUAAGCUAAUGCUACCGUGGUACAUGCACUGCUGGAAAUCCAGUCUUUCCAAUUAGACAUUAAACCAAGACCUUGCUCCUUGGGAAGUUACAAAAGAUCCCUCUGCAUUAUUCCACAAAAAGCUUGUCAUUUAUAUCAUGUUGCCAGUUAAACAUGUUAUAUCAUGUUGCCAGGAUUUAUCCGUUAAACAUGAUCUAGUCUCCUAAUUAAUUGCUGUUUGAAGCUUACUAUUGCCAAAUUGGCUCCUACAUCACAGCAGCAAUGUUACUUGAGGGUUGUAGCAUUGAAUGUAACUAAAUUUAACUGGGUUUGUUAUCCAUGCUACAUAACUGCAAGUUUCUUUACCAACUUAAAUUAAAUUAAACAUUUACUAAAAUAGAAGUGCAAAACUAUUAACUCAGGUGGUUGAGUUAAAUGAUCAGUCAUUUUCUGAUAAUUUGCUAUAUUCAAAACAGCCAGGAAUUCUUUGUCUGAUAUUUCACAUUAGUUAAAUGGUACUGUUCAGUUUUAUGAUAACAUUGGUUUUAAUUUUCAAUAAUUCCUCAAAUCUGACCACCACCACCGUAGAAAUUAAUCUUUGUGCAUAAAAGAAACUGCAGCUGUAUAAAUUAAUUACUAAUAUUUAUGCAUCAGGCUUGUUUACAUUAGUUGGGAAAAAUAUAGGUCAAUAUAACAAUUGAUGUCUGAAAUGCUGUUUGAUUUUAUGAAUUGUCAACAAAUGAAUAUACUAAAUUACUUUUAGUUUUAGAUUUAAUUAUGACUUACCCUGUGGUUGAAAUUCACAUCAAAACUUGUAAGUCAUUGAACUGUUCACCCAACAUUUAGGACAUUGAUUUAGAAAGAGUGCACUGCAAGUACACAGCAAUGAAUUUAUACUUUAUAUCUUUUAGGAGGGGAAUUCUCUGAGGUGUGACAAGCGAUUCUUAUUGAUGGAGAAACUGAACUAUGGACAAUAAACUUAUUGCGGAGACAAAAAAAUGAAAUGUGCUGUUUAAGGCAACUAAUGGCCAGGCCCAAUAUUUGGAUUUCAGAUUUGUACAUAGCAUUUGUACUUAAGAUUUUCAAUCAUACUUUUAGUAAAAGAUAAAUUCUGCAAUAUGAAAAAAUUGAAAAAAUGUAAACAAUUAACAACCUCAGAAAAACCAAAAUAUUUAUAGGAUGGGCAAAAAUAUGAAUUUCUGAAAUCCUGUAAUGUAGAACAAUUAUAUUUUGGUUUCAUAUCUAUCUACCCUUUUUGCCUUCUGCCCCAUUGCUUGAUAUUUGAAAUUCUGUUCAUUUAUUUCAAUGUAUGUGUUAUUCACUGAAGUACAGUGGGAGGGUAAAAAGAUGUUGCUAGCUGAGGAUAAAAGAAUGAGGAUAAAAACCCUUGUGGAACUUUGCUGUUUUUUGAAGGAUAUACGUUUCCUGGAAUUAUCUGCGAAGUACACAUAAAGAGUAAGGUGGGUGCCUGGCCCCUCAAACCUGGCCUGCCAUUUAAUAUGACUGGAUGAUCUACCUCGGGCCUUAUUUCCUUUGUGCCCUCAAUGCCUGAUCUUUGAAAAAUGUAUCUACCUCCACUUUACAUACUUCUCAUGAUCUAUCCACUGAUGAAGUACUUGUGGUUCAGCACUGGAUGUUUUUGAAACUGGGCUAAAGUGAAAUAUGCCAACCUUUGUUUCAGUUUCCCUGCUUUGAGUAGGUGUGGCCUUUUGAGGUGAAGAAGCCACAGGACAUUAUCCAAAGUGCAGAUUGAUUGUAACGAGAAACCGCCCUGAACAUUUACAUGUUAACUCUAGGAAUGGAAUUUGGAGGACACAGAAAUGUUGAAAGAACACAGCCAGUCGAGCAACAUUUGUGGAAAGAGAAACCAGUUGAUAUUACAGGUCAAUGAUCCUUCUGCAGACCUGAAGGAAGAGUGAAGGGUUUUAAUGUUUUCGGUGGAAUGUGGUAUUAAAGCAAAAUAAAAAGAAUAAAUAAAGCACUACAUUAACCUA